AACAAUAUUUUUUUGGUGACCUCUUUCCAUCUGAUCCUGAAACUAGAAGUAGACGACACCACCUUCAUUUUCGUGCUGAAUUCUUUUACCCCCGAUCCCAAAAACCAAAAUAACUCAAUUAAAGAAAUCCUUAGUAAAGAAAUACAUACGGCUUCAUCAACCAUGGCUCUGGUGCUCUACGCAAUCCUCAAUUUAGUGCUGCAUUAAGCCAUGUAAUUGGAAAAGUUUCAUUUUUUUCUUUGUUCCCUUUGGCUCUGAGUGGGUAGGGCUGACUAGAUGGCUUGCUAUUGCAUCGUAAGGGACAAUUUUUGAAUUUCCCCGUCUGGCUCCUAUCACUUUGCAUUUCAGGAUAUUCUUUUUUUUCAGUCAUCGGCGCUUUGGAAUCUGAGGUACACUAACAUUGGAUUGGUGUCUUUUGCAUUCGUUUCUUAUGAUCCGUGAAUCUGUUAGAACAUAUAAUUGUUUUUUCAUGCGAAAUAAUUCGAGAACUCAAGUUGCUGUCUGUGACUAAGUAUGGUAAGUUUGGCAGACAGUGGCUUUAUUCUGGCUAUGGAUUGUUUGCGAUGAAAAUGCAUUGCGAGACGGAUUGGGGAAUGGGGUUGUAGUUAGAUAUGUUUUGGCUGAGAGAUAUGGAUUUGCAAAGUAAUCCUCAGCCCGAAUUGGGAAAACUGGAACAAAUCGCUUACAAAUUCCUAUUAAAGAGUUUACACAUCAUUCUGGACUCGAGGGUUCCUUCUCUUCAUCCACAUGAUCGUAGUGGGGACCUGUCAUCGGCUUCUCGGGUGAGAAAAAGUGACAAAUGGUUCAACUUAGUUCUAGGUGACCGCCCUGCAGCUCUGGACAACUUGAGUUUCUGGCACAGAAAUCUGAUGGAUCCAAUGAUAAUUGAUGUGAUACUUGUUCGUGAAGGGUCUAAUUUAGUGGGAGUAUUUGCUGAGACUGUUAUUGAGAGGUGGGUUGUUCAGUAUGAAUAUCCACGAGUUGUGGCUGCUCAAACUGGUGAAAAUUCUGCCUUGUACAAGAAAACAUACAAGAGGUCGAUAAUACUUUUACGGGCUCUUUAUACACAUAUGAGGCUUCUCCCAGCAUAUAAGAUAUUUCGGCAGCUGAGUACAUCAAGCCAGACUUAUAAUUUCGAUAUCAUUUACAAGGUGUCUUCAUUUAGUGAUCCCUUCUCAAGGGCGGAUGGGGAAAUGAUGGAGGAAUACAGUUUCACUCCUGUAGAGGCCUUCCCUGGCCGCCUUUGCAUAUCUGUGACUUACCGUUCUACACUGACUGAGUUCAAACUUGAGCCUUCAACCUUAUUGCCACCGAGGAUUAUUACAGAUUAUGUUGGUAGCCCCGACACUGACCCACUGAGGUCUUUUCCCCCUUCAGUGAAGGGUGUUCACGGUAUUUCUUUUCCAUUGAGACCAGUACGAGCUCCAUCUUCGGUGCCACUUCAACGCCCACACAGCUGGACAAGUGGCUUCCACAGAGCAACUUUUUCUGCACAGAAUCAACCUAUUGUUGGAUCUCCACCUGCAUAUCGCCCAUCUGCUGUGCCAUAUGAUUAUUCAUCUCCACCUGCGGAUAUGUAUGGUAACAGAGCUCAACACUAUAGAAUGCCAAUCCAUCAGAGGGCCAUCAGCUAUGAUGAUUAUCAGCUUUCACCCCCAUUCUCUCCAUCUCCAUCCCCAUCUUCUCCAUCGUACAUCUCCAGUGGUAAUCCUAUGCACACACUUAUGCGCCCAGAAACUGCUCCUGUAAGUAUACCAUUUCCAAUGACAGGCAGGAGUUCUAGAUUCCUUUCUCCCAAUUCUUUUGAUCCAAAUAGAAGUUCCCUUCCACCUUUAUCUCCAAGAAGCAGAAAGACUGAGCCUUCAUCACAGGAGUCUCCAUGUGGAACUGCAUCUUUUAGGAAAAUAGAGGCUUUAAGGUCUGGAGAGAUGCAGAGUUAUUAUGCUGGCCAGAAGAUGAUCAGAGAUAGCAGAGAUGAUUCGGGGCGGUUCUCAGGGUUACUAUCUUCCAGUGGCUCACCCCGUAUUGGAUUUUCUAGAAGCUCAAGCAGAUUAUCUUUCCAGGAUGACUUGGAUGAUAAUGACUUUUCAUGUCCUUUUGAUGUUGAUGAUGUUGACACAUUGGAUUUUGAUGCCAGUCAAACUCUUGAUGGGAAAAAAGCUUCCGAGUUUACUUCACAGUCAUUGCCAAUUGGUAGAAAAUCACAAGAUGCUGCUGUUGGCGUUCUCGUUCACACGCUGAGAACAGCACCUCCUCUUCGCCAAGAUCCAAGUUGUUACUCAUCCCACUCAAUGAAGAUUGAACUUGAGGGAGGAGUUACUUCAGCUUCUGGAUUCUUUAUGCCUCGAAAGACAGCUGAUGCCCUUGAAGAGCUCAGGAGUUACAGAGAAAUGAAAGACCUACUUCUGUCUAAGAGUGGAACUAUGGUGUUUAGCAAAGAUGAAACUUGAGCUUGCUGCUUUGAUGGGGUUGUCUUUGUUUAUACACAGAAAUAUAGCUACUAGGAGGAAAGAGAUGACAGAGUUGCUGGCAGUGAUUAUGAAUGGAAGGACAACCACCGGUCCAAUGUAACAGAAACUUCAGGAGCAGAAGAUUGUGUACAUAUCAUGACUGAAAAUAGUCGCUGGAUUCAUGAACAUGUUAAAUAAUUUCAGGACCGUUACCAUGUUUGAAAUGUUUAUAGCUAAAAGCUCCAGAUCUAGUUUGCUGCAGCCAGCAAAUUAUGUCAA